AAAUGUAAUAAUGCUAAAAGUGCCCAUCAAAAAAAUACACGAAUUUCAAGAAGACUUCGUCUUUUCUAAUUUGAUGUGUAGCACUGAUUGUGACGAAAACUCAACCCUAACAUACACUCACCUAAUAAGUGACACGAUUCCUUUUAAAUACGGAAGCUUAUUCCAAGUAAUUGACCACGAACCAUUCAAAUACUACAGUGAAAUUAUUAUCUGUCUGCCACGCAAUACACCAAAUUUCAGCAUCUAUAAAACAUACCUGAAAACCUAUGGUUGGGAUGUCGACAUUCGUAAAGAUUGUGAAGCGAAUAUAAUGCCGCAAAAUCAUACACUUGCAAUGAUUACAUACGAAGCUCCCAAUACUGAUUUAUUUCUACCAGCAAUAUUUUAUCACACUCCUUAUAUGUUACCUGAAGUGAUGGACAGAUUUCCAAAUUCUUUAAGUCUGUCCACCGACUGGGCACCUCUUAAGUAUGCCUUCGUAGAAUUCUUGAAGAAGAUGAACUGGCAACGAGUGGCCGUCGUGUCCGAUGACGCGGUAUACAGCGAGGCCUUUGCAGACGAACUGACGUCACUAUUCACGAUGGAAGGGUUAAUAUUCACCGAUCAAAGAUGCAGUAAAACUUGCAACUUUGUUAAAUCGCUGAUAUUACUGAAAAAUGCUGAUGCCAAAGUAAUAAUUUUGAACGUAGACAAAGAAAAUGCCCGUCAAUUAGUGAGUGCUAUAACCAGACUACAGUUAAGAGGAGUGCUAUGGAUCGUAAGAGACUGGCCUUUUGAACAAGUUUCACUGUUUCAGGGGAUGACUGAAGUGUACUCGUUAACUUUAUCGCCUGGCUAUAACAAGACAGAAGAUUACCACCCUUACUUAAGCAGCAUAAAUAAAGGUAUACAAAUAAUCGACCGCAUUUACAAAAAUGUUUUGGGUGAUAAGGAAACGUUUCUAAGGAAUCUUUCAAAAGCAGUCAGACCCAAGGACUACAAAACCUAUGCUUACGUCAUGCUUUUCCGUGACAACCCAGCUCCUUCUGUAGUGGCCAGCAUGAUAAUUGAAGAAGACCGUGUGAAAAUAAUGAGGUUUAGCGACGUGUAUGGCGGUGCCGUGCCUUCUGACCUCAAAGAGGCUUGCAUCGUGAGGAGUUACGACUAUUUCCAACCCUGCAACCACUUGAAGCUUCUCUUAUUGGUGCUCGUCUGGAUAGCGUUUGCGUUGGCUGUCCUUCUCAUCAUCGUGUGUUUCAAUAAGUACCGCCGAAAACGCUAUAAUAGGCUGUCAUAGAUCCUUAAGAAGUCGCCGCACUUGACGGUAAUGUUGUCGCGGAUCUUCGGCAAAGGAAGUUAUUACAAAUCGGAGUGACCGAUCAUCCGCGUAGUGUGCCCGUUUUGCUUAUUUAUAAGCAAUUACUUAUAUUGGCGGAAGAUCCGCGAAGACAUAUCCGUCAAGUGUGGCGACUCCCUUGUGGUGCGUCCAGACUGGGCGAACGGGCUUGCGCGGCACGCUGGUCAUGCUACUCACCCUGCUCUUGAGUGAGCAGGAUGUUGAGUUUGCCGCGCGAGUCCGUGCGCCCAGUCUGGACGCACCAUUACUGUUUCGAGUCUUUCGAUCUCUGAACAAUAUUUUCAUGGAGACAAAAUCUGAUCUCUUUUAAGACCCUUUUUAAAGACUAAGUUAUUGUGUUUUACAGAUUCAAAAGAAAUAAAAACUUAUAAUCA